AUGCUAAAAUUAGGAACAUCGCAAUUAGUUCUCUCACUUCAUGUGUUGGUGCUGCAGAUCUUCAGAAUAGAAGGAGGAGCUCUACAAUUAGAUAACAGCAAUUUUGACCAAAUUAUAGGGAACAAUGAGUUGGUGUUCAUCAACUUCUAUGCAGACUGGUGCCGCUUCAGCAACAUAUUAGCUCCAACUUGGGAUGAGACGGCAGACAAAGUUAAGGAAGCAUUCCCAGAUGAAGGCAGGGUGGUUAUUGGAAAGGUGGACUGUGAUGCCCAGUCAAGCAUUGCUUCUAGAUUCCACAUCACAAAGUACCCAACCCUGAAGCUUCUCAGAAACGGUCAGGCAUCAAAGAGGGAAUACCGAGGGCAACGCUCUGCAGACGCUUUUGCGUCUUUCAUUAAAGAGCAGCUGAAGGACCCUAUUAAGGAGAUUGAGAGUUUGAAUGAAUUGAAUGAUAUUGAGGAGACAAAGAGGACUGUGAUUGGUUACUUUGAAAACAAAGAUGUCCCUGAGUACGAAGUGUUCCGCAAAGUGGCAACUAACCUCAAGGAAGACUGCCAGUUCCUAGCAGGUUUUGGAGACAUAGUCCGUAGUAUGCACCCACCCGGCGAGAGCAUCAUAGCUUUCAAGGCUGCUGUGUCACGGGAAGAUGAAGCCUUUACUGGGUCUAUCACAUCGUAUGAUGAAUUAUCAAUCUGGGCAACAGAAAGAUGCAUUCCUCUUGUACGAGAGAUAACUUUCCAAAAUGCAGAAGAACUUACUGAAGAAGGUUUGCCUUUCUUGAUCCUUUUCCAUGCUCCAGAUGAUACUGAGAGUAUCAAAAGAUACACAGCUCUGGUACAAGAGGAACUUGCAGACCAGAAACAAAAUGUUAACUUCCUGACAGCAGAUGGUGUUCAAUUUGCUCACCCUCUGCACCAUCUGGGCAAAUCAAAGAGUGACCUUCCUCUCAUUGCUAUUGACUCCUUCAGACACAUGUACCUGUUUCCAGAUUAUAAUCAAGCUUACCUGCCAGGGAAAAUGAAGUCUUUCUUAGCAGAUUUAUACAGUGGCAAGCUUCACCGAGAAUUUCACUAUGGCCCAGAUCCUGAAACCACCGAGGAACCACAGCAGAUUGAAGACAAGUCUGGUGGCACUGCUGUGCCCAAAAAAGAGAAAGCAACUACACCACCUGAAUCCACUUUCAAGAAGCUUGCACCUUCAAAGAAUAGAUACACCCUUCUAGACAAGGAUGAGCUGUAGGUGAAAAUCUCGGAGCCACCUAUGACUGGGGUGUGGGUAGGGUGGGGGUUGGGGGAGGGGGGGUCAGAUGGACAUUGAGGAAAUUCAGCAUUAAUGAGCUCUUAGUGUCAAAAAUAAAUUCAUAGAAGAAGCAUUACAUGAGUUAUAUGACUAUUAUUGCUUUAUUGGAUCAUCCUAGACAAUCAAAAUUUGGAUUGGGAUUUUCACUCAAGAAACUUGUAUUAUAAAAAUUAUGUUAGCUGCCUUUUUAUUUUUAUAGAACAAUCUAAAAUGUUAUAUCUUAUUAGAUAAACAUAAUAUCUUUAAAGAUAUUAUGAUGCAUUGUGACCUUCAAGAAAUGUCAUUUUCCAGUAAUCUGCAAUGCUGUCAGAAGUAUUGAAAAAAGUAUUUUAUGAUUAAUAAUGAAAGUUAAAUAUUUAGUAGUUCAGCGACCUUGAUUGUUUUGAUUUUUAUUUCUGUAACUUUUGUUAAAAAUAUGAUGUUAUUUGAGGAAUCUGUAGAUAUUAAUAUUAUGAGUAAUAUGUUAAAACCAGAUUUAUUUUUCUUCUAUCAUUGGUGUGCUUUCGAGAAUUAUGCAUGAUUUUGGUGUGAGAGGAAUGUGAAUGUGUAUAUGAUGUGAUUAAUUAAUUUCACAAUGCUUGAGUGAAAGGUUUUCUUUUAAGUAUUAACAGUGAAAUGUGAGAGAGAUUUCAACUGCAGUCAUCACUUGGAGUCUUAGGGAAAUAGCAGCAUUUAUUUAUAUUAAAUGCUGCAAUAUAUCAAGUCAGUUAUUAUUAAAGGGAAGUUAAAAACUUGGUUUGUUUUGUAUGACACGAGUUGUUUUCUUGUUUUCAGGAUGUAUUUAUAUUGUAAUGUUAGGCCUUUUAUGGCAGUUCUUGCCAUGACUUUCUGUAAGAUUGUCCUAUAGUUGCAGAGAAAUUACUAUUUUAUAGUAUGCACACUUUAUUGGAAUACAUUGUGCAGUUUUCAUCUCCAUGAUUUUGGAAGGAUAUGUCAUUAGGUAAACUUUAAACUUCAUAAGUUUAAGGUUUAAUAAAUGUCAUGCUAAUAAGACAUCACAUAGCUAUAGGGCCACUCUAGUUGCUGGAAAAUUGUUAGUUUUCAUAUUCUUUUCUGCAGUUUCAUAACUUUACAAAAAGACUUAAGUGAAAACCAAUUUUAUCUUUUUAAGUCUGCAGAGUUUAAUGUACUUUUGCAUCUUGAAAGUUUGUUGAAGAGGUAACUAGUCUUUUCUCUGGCUCAAAGGACUAGUCAAAUGUCAGCAGAAGUACAGAAGAAGAACUGACCAGUCAAUCCUACUUCCUUAUUGAAAUCUGAAUGAUAGAAGUGUCAAAAUUGUGUAGUAAUAUAUUGUCAGCAUUAAUAACGGUGUCUUGAAAUGAAUGAUGAUAAAAUUACUUUUCAACAGCUCUACAAAAAGGAAUGGUUUCUAAUGAUUGGCACCAAAGUCAAAUAUGAAGUGUUUUGUGGGGCAAAUUACUAGAAUAAAAUGGGUUGCAUUUCUUAGGUACUUAAUUCUUGAUAUGGACAAGCAUUACUAUUUGCCAAAAAAUUAAAGAUCUAAACAAGUAACACUGAGAUUUUUUUUUCUUUUUUUUAUGGACCAUAAAAGUUACACUAAAAGAAAGGAAAAAAAACUUUCUAAGAUAUGUUCAAACAAGAAGUGAAACAUUUGUCUUUGGUGUUGUGUAGCAGGAGCCUCUUUGUUCCAGCCAGAGGAUGCUUUAAUGAAGUUAUGUACAAGGUAUAAAUAUUUUUCCAAACAAUGUGUUUUUGAGUGAAAGAAUCAUUUUUGAUGUGCUUUUCCAUUUACCCAUAUUGUGUAUGUGUCAAAGUAUCAUCUGUGUGCUGCACUGUGUACAAAACCAUUCCAUGGCUCAUGAUCUUCAGAGCUGUAAGUUUGUGUGUUCAUCUUGGAUAAUUAAAAUUUGAUAAGGAGAUGUGAAUCAACCUCCCAUUCAGGA